AUGAUCAAUGUUAGUAAUGUUCUGAUGUCCAUCGGUGAAUUUCUGCUGAUGUCGAGUUGUAUUCCAAUUUGGAAACGGAGUAUAAUAUAUAAAUUAGGAGAAAAAAAUGACAGAAAAGUGGAAGAAUUUAUUUGUUCUAGUAAAUGA